AUGCAAAUAACGCCACUUCUCAUCCACGGACAAGACACCAUUCUUUCGCCCCCGGACAGAGUCGGCUCAUGUUCCGCCUCAACGACGCCCUUCCAAGGCGUGACGCCGGAUCUCGCCCUCCAAGCGAUCAAGUCCUCCGAGGAGGCUUUUCAAGCUUGGUCGAAAACUACGCCCUCUCAUCGCCGCAACCUCCUCAACAGAGUUGCCGAGCUUCUUAAGGAGCGAUCGGACGAGAUUAUCAGAUGCUUGCAGGGCGAAAUGCAUGCGCCGACCAUCUGGGCAAAGGCCAACAUCCAAGCGGGAAUUGAUCUGCUGAGGGAAACGGCCGGCUUGAUCUCCGAUUCCAUGAUGGGCCAGAUCCCCGUCUCGCAGGGCGAUUCGUAUGCUAUGGUGCUCAAGGAGCCGUUGGGCGUCGUCUUGGCUAUGGUUCCGUGGAAUGCGCCUGUCAUCUUGGGGCUCAGAGGUGUUGUUGCGCCGUUGGCGGCGGGGAAUACGGUUGUUCUGAAGGUAUCUCCAUCUCAUCCUACCUCAUGCGCUGCGGUGAAAUGGCGACAGCUAGCUGACUGUGACACUGUAGGGCUCUGA